UCUAUGUCAUGAUAGUUACUUUUCUAUUUAAAUAUGGCAACCGCAAGGACUUGUGGGACGGAAUGAUCUCCUUUACUUUGCUAAAAGAUCGUCCCGUGCUUUCUAUUCUAUUUCUAUAAAUAUUCCAAAGCAAAUUUGAGAUGUCGAAUGCAGCCCUCAUCUGUUAUUGUGAAGGCUAGAGGAGCGUACCGGAAGGAGGGUUUGUGCUUCCGGGUCUCCGCGGUCUGUCUUCUUGUAGCUCAGUUAGCAUGUGCGGCUGUGUUAUCAUGUCCAAUUGCGGCUCGCGGACAUCUCAUUGGACAUUUGGACAGAACAAUACCCGGAUGUAAGAAGGAUAUCGAUGUGCUUUUAAAGGCCGACAUGGAGCUGCGGAGAGAAGCAGACGUCCAGCAGAUGUUGGUGGUUAAAGAAGAAAACCAGGAGUGGAGCUCCAGCUUUGACCAGGAGGACCCGCAGCCCCCCCACAUUAAAGAGGAACAGGAGGACCCGCAGCCCCCCAACAUUAAAGAGGAACAGGAGGACCCAGAGCUCCCCAACAUUAAAGAGGAACAGGAGGACCCAGAGCCCCCCCACAUUAAAGAGGAACAGGAGGAACUUCAAGGGCUGGAGGAGGCGGACAUCACCACGUUCAUUUUCGCUCAAGUGAAGAGUGACGACGAUGAAGAGGAUGCUCGGUUCUCACAGCUUCAUCAGAAACAAACUGAUGGAGAGAUGGAGACAGAAGGUGAUGGAGAGAACUGUGGAGGACCAGAACCUGACAGGAACUCUGGUCCAGAUAGUCCUCCAGAAUCAAAUAAUACCUAUGAGAAGACUGAACCGUACUCUGAACCUGAGGACAGUUUUGACGUUGAGUUUUGGAAAGAGACCAGGAAACACCAGUCAGGGUUUACGUACCAGAGAAAUAGAAAAGUUUCUGUGGAUGAUGGAUUUAAAAGCAGCAUAAAAACAUUUAGCUGCUCUGAUGACAGGACUGAAGCUGAACUCACGACUGAUGAUGGAGGUGAUGGUGAUCAACCUCCAUCAGGUCCAAAGCCUCUUAAAAGUGAGCAGGUCUUUGUGAGAGAUCCAGGCUGUAACACCGACAUGAAGCCUUCCAUCUUCUCUGAGUGUCACCAAAGAUCCGAGUAUGGUCUCACUCUGCCGACCCACGGGGACCCCCCUGCAUUAGAGAAACCAUUUGGCUGCUCCCUUUGUGGUCAAAUAAUUGACAAGCAGGAAAGCAUACAUUCUCACAUGGUGUGUCAUAUGGGGGAGAAACCUUUCCGCUGCUCAGUAUGUAACACAGACUGUGGUGACAGCGAGGCUUUAGUUCAGCACAUGAGGAUCCACACGAUGCAGAUGCGGUUUAAUUGCACAAUUUGUGGUGAAGAGUUUGCAUGGAGGAGACAUCUGACCAAACAUGUGGAAGUCCACAAAAUCUACAGAUGCAGUGUUUGUGAGCAGAGAUUCACUUGGUGUAAACAGCUCAAAGAUCAUCGAUGUGUCGGCCGUCGUUUCUCAAAGCUUCAUCACCCUCAAACCAUGGAGAUCAAAGAGGCAGACCUCCCAACCGGCAGAUCAACUGACGAUAUGAAAGCAGAAGCUGAUGGAGAGGAAUGUGAAGGAAGAGAACCUGCCCAAAACUCAGGUCCAGAUACUGUUGAUGAGACAGGAGACUCCUCUGAACCUGAAACUGAUGACAGUGAUGGUUGGAAGGAGACAAAGGAACAUCAGCCAGGUUCAAGAUGUAGCGCAGGAGAAAAACCAUUGAGUUGCUCAGAGUGUGGGAAAAGAUUUAGGAAAAAGACACAUCUAAAGAUACACCUGAGGUCUCACACAGGAGAGAAACCGUUCAGCUGCUCCGUUUGCAAGAAAUGCUUUUCACAAAGUGGAAACUUACAAAAACACAUGAGAAUCCACACUGGGGAGAAACUGUUCAGCUGCUCUGAAUGCGGGAAAAGAGUUGGCUCCCAGGAAAGUCUGAAGAAACAUAUGAGAAUUCACACAGCAGAGAGGAUAUUCAAAUGUUCAGUGUGUUGUAAAAGAUUUCCUGGCAAGUGCAACUUGAAUGAACACAUGAGAAACCAUACAGAAGAAAAGAGAUUCAGCUGUAGCGUCUGUUGCCAAAGAUUCACUUGGUUUUAUCAGCUGAGGAAACAUAAGUGUGUCGGUCAUCAGUCCUCACAGCAUCAUCAAGAUCAGACUGAGGAGAACAGAGAGGCGGAACCUCCAGCCGGCAGCUCAAGUGAAGAAAUGAAAAUAGAACCAGAGAGGCCCUUUGGUCCAGAACCUGUUGGCAAGACUGGAGACUCCUCUGAACCCGAGACUGAUGACAGUGAUGAUUGGAAGGACACCACAGACGGGUUUAAACUUUAAGCACAGGGGUUCAGGCUGGGGAGACACUAUUUAGUGUGUUGCUACUAAAAAAAGUGACUUGCUUUGGUCCUCAUAGGUUCAUCAGUCCAAGGAGAACAGAGAAGUAGAACCUCCAACCAGCAUCGCAGCUGAAUAAAUGAAAGGAACAAUAACUUCUUGCAUCUAUCGAUGAUUUACACCUGGGGGAGGAUUAUUUUCAUCGUUUGUGUUUUACAAGCCACAUCAUAUUUGCGUGACAGUACACAGAAUUCCUGGCUCGGUAUGUUUUUAAUACAUUAAGGGAAUGGAACUUUUUAAAUAAUCCACAAAUGAGAGUUGUAUCAUGACUUAAAUUUAACCCGAUGUCAACAACAAAAUACUGUAGAGCAAGUGUCUCAAACCUCACAAACGUGUUGGACAAUAUGUCCGUGGACUGGUGAUGGAGAUGUAGACAGGCUUCUGUCCUCUGGUGCAGCGAGUCGUGGGCAGUUGGAUGAGCUGAAAAGACGCUUGGUGACGCUCGGGGAAAAUGUCAAGAGGGAUAAGCGCAUGUUAUUAGGACAUCAUCUGGAAAAAAGUCUUCUGUAUUUAUGUGGUGCAAUGCGGUGGUUGAGGACCACUUGGUUGCAGGUAAACUCAAAUUCCCGAAGAAAAAAACCCAAAUGAAUAUACACUCACCGGCCACUUUAUUAGGUACACCUGUCCAACUGCUCGUUAACACUUAAUUUCUAAGCAGCCAAUCACAUGGCGGCAACUCAGUGCAUUUAGGCAUGUAGACAUUGUCAAGACAAUCUCCUGCAGUUCAAACCGAGCAUCAGUAUGGGGAAGAAAGGUGAUUUGAGUGACUUUGAACGUGGCAUGAUUGUUGGUGCCAGAAGGGCUGGUCUGAGUAUUUCAGAAACUGCUAAUCUACGGGGAUUUUCACGCACAACCAUCUCUAGGGUUUACAGAAUAUGGUCCGAAAAAGAAAAAACAUCCAGUGAGCGGCAGUUCUGUGGGCGGAAAUGCCUUGUUGAUGCCAGAGGUCAGAGGAGAAUGGCCAGACUGGUUCGAGCUGAUAGAAGGGCAACAGUGACUCAAAUAACCACCCGUUACAACCAAGGUGGGCAUAAGAGCAUCUCUGAACGCACAGUACGUCCAACUUUGAGGCAGAUGGGCUACAGCAGCAGAAGACCACACCGGGUGCCACUCCUUUCAGCUAAGAACAGGAAACUGAGGCUACAAUUUGCACAAGCUCAUCGAAAUUGGACAAUAGAAGAUUGGAAAAACGUUGCCUGGUCUGAUGAGUCUCGAUUUCUGCUGCGACAUUCGGAUGGUAGGGUCAGAAUUUGGCGUCUACAACAUGAAAGCAUGGAUCCAUCCUGCCUUGUAUCAACGGUUCAGGCUGGUGGUGGUGGUGUCAUGGUGUGGGGAAUAUUUUCUUGGCGCUCUUUGGGCCCCUUGGUACCAAUUGAGCAUCGUUGCAACGCCACAGCCUACCUGAGUAUUGUUGCUGACCAUGUCCAUCCCUUUAUGACCACAAUGUACCCAACUUCUGAUGGCUACUUUCAGCAGGAUAAAGCGCCAUGUCAUAAAGCUGGAAUCAUCUCAGACUGGUUUCUUGAACAUGACAAUGAGUUCGCUGUACUCAAAUGGCCUCCACAAUCACCAGAUCUCAAUCCAAUAGAGCAUCUUUGGGAUGUGGUGGAACGGGAGAUUCGCAUCAUGGAUGUGCAGCCGACAAAUCUGCGGCAACUGUGUGAUGCCAUCAUGUCAAUAUGGACCAAACUCCCUGAGGAAUGCUUCCAGCACCUUGUUGAAUCUAUGCCACGAAGAAUUGAGGCAGUUCUGAAGGCAAAAGGGGGUCCAACCCGUUACUAGCAUGGGGUACCUAAUAAAGUGGCCGGUGAGUGUAAAUGCAAGUGAACAAUACAAUAAUAAACUGUCAAUGAAAUUAAACCGUUGUAAAAUGGAAUAUAAUAACUCAUUUAAAUAAAGUACAAUAGUUCUCUAAAAAAAUGAAUGCUAAGAAAAAAAGAAAAGCAGGGAAAAUAUCCUACUUGUGUUUAUUUUAUUUUUAAUUUCAUGCCGCACAAAAUGUCCUCCCGUGAUCACGUUAUUACCUCUGAUCGGAGGGGUUGGACUCCAGAGCUGAAAGCACAAUCUCUCAGUCUCUGAGAGUCAAAAGUUAGAAAGUCUGUGAAGACACAUAUUAUUAUUGUUAUUAUUGUUAUUGAGAAUGAAAUGUUAACUGAAAAAUCUCAAUGAAUUAUGAUACUUUCUUCUUUCACAAAACGUUGCUCUCUGUAGUUUUUUCUCCCAUUAUUCAUUGCUGAAAUCAUCUCUAUUUCUGCUUACUACUUGUUGUGGUCCUGGUUAUGAUGGGAAACUAUAAUCAAGACACUUCUCACCUGGUCUAAUAUAGAUUCAUAAAAGUUAAUGUUUUUUCGCUCUGUGAAAAACAAGUAAAUAACUAAUAAAAUAAGUUUGUUAACUGACUGGAGUUUAGUAUGACUGUUGCUAGGCUACGCAUUGUAACAGGUCCAUCAACCCUCAAAAUAAUGUCACAUAGGGUAUAUACAUGGUUAUUGUUUGUACCUCAUGGUCAUUUCUUCAAGAAAACCAAACUACAAAGUGCUAUAUGUAAGUGCUAAUAAAGUGCUAACUAGUCCAGUUCUAGAAAUAGUUAAUGCUCAAAACCAGUAGUAUUAACUUGUACUUUAUUUUGAAGGCAGUGACUUAUACAAAUGUCACACUUUGUCUAAAUCAGUCAUUUGAGAAUAUAUAGAAUCAUAAAGCUAAAAAAGACUUGUGAUUUAAACGUGAGCGCAAGUUUUAACUGCAGCUUUACUCAUCUACGCACAGACCAAUAGCAUUCGAGUUAAAACCCACGUGAUACCACUCGACCAACCGAGUCUCUGCCUUCCAGCCAGGACGAUGAUAUCGUCUCCAUACUGCGGACUAACGAGAGACGUAGCUGCAAAUUACAAAUAAAAAGACGGUAGACUUACAAUAAGUGCAUUUCACCCAUAAGAAUAUAAACUGUCACCUUCAUCCACUUGUUGUAGAUAAAACUAAAGGAGGUACCUCAGCUUUGUAGCUGGUUGAGAUGGAGCUUGUUUGAACUUCUUAAUACAACGAACCUGUACAGUAAACACACUGCGAGCCAAACAUACAAAACAAGAUGGUACACAAAUUUGUAAAUGUUAUUUUGCAGUUUUAUUGUGAAGGCUAGAGGAGCGUACCGGAAGGAGGGUUUGUGCUUCCGGGUCUCCGCGGUCUGUCUUCUUGUAGCUCAGUUAGCAUGUGCGGCUGUGUUAGCAUGUCCAAUUGCGGCUCGCGGACAUCUCAUUGGACAUUUGGACAGAACAAUACCCGGAUGUAAGAAGGAUAUCGAUGUGCUUUUAACGGCCGACAUGGAGCUGCGGAGAGAAGCAGAGGUCCAGCAGCUGUUGGUGGUUAAAGAAGAGCAGGAGUGGAGUCCCAGUGUGGACCAAAAGGACCCAGAGCCCACACACAUUAAAGAGGACCAAAAGGACCCAGAGCCCACACACAUUAAAGAGGACCAGGAGGAACCAGAACCCCACCACAUUAAAGAGGAGCAGCUUCAAGGGCUGCAGGAGGCUGAUCUCACCAAGUUCACCUUCACUUCUGUGAAGAGUGAAGAUGAAGAAGAAGCUCAGUCCUCAGAUCUUCAUCAGAGACAAACUGAACAGAUGGAGACAGAAGGUGAUGGAGAGUACUGCGGAGGACCAGAACCUGACAGGAACUCAAGUCCCGAUACUGAGACUUCAGGCUCGUCUCAAUCUGAGCCUGAAGAAGACUGGAUGGAUCCUGCAAGAAAAGCCUUCAGCUGUUCUUUCUGCGCCAAAACAUUUAAACAGAGAGGGAAUCUGAACAUACACAUGAGGACUCACAUGGGAGUGAAACCCUUCGGCUGCUCCCUGUGUAGUAAAAGGUUCACUCAGAAAGCGGGUCUGGACUACCACCUGAAAAUCCACACGGGUGAGAAACCAUUUGGCUGCUCCCUCUGUGGUAAAAACUUUCGACAUAAAGGAGCAGUAACGUCUCACAUGACGACGCACUCGGAGGUGAAACCAUUCAACUGCAGCAUCUGUAAGAACAGAUUUCGGGCCGAGUCGCAGCUCCGGGUCCACAAGUGCGUGGGUGAGCGCCCACGGUUCCUCCGAGGCCGAGCAGGCCGACGCGGCGAGCCUCUGAGCUGCUCUGAGUGUGAUGCAACGUUUCCCAACAACUACCUCCUGGUGACCCACGUGAGGAUGCACAGAGGAAAGAAGCUGUUCACCUGCAGCGUCUGCGGCCAGAAACGUCAGUUCAGCUCCCACCUGGCGAUACACAUGAGGACCCACACCGGGGAGAAACCUUUCAGAUGCUCCGUGUGCGGCAAAAGAUUUUCCCAGAGGGGAAUCAUGUCACAACACAUGGCGGUCCACUCAGGGGUGAAGCCGUUCAGCUGCGCCGUCUGUGGCAGGAGAUUCUUUUGGCAUUUUCAGAUUAAGAAACACAAAUGUCUCGGGGAGCUCUCUCGAUUCAAAGGAGGGGACUUUAUUGGAGAGGAUUGUGACGGAGAAGAGGCAGCAGGCAGCUCAGAACCCGUUAGACAUCCAGAACCAGGUACCAAUAAAGAGACAAAGCCAUCAUAUGUUGAGGACAUUGUUGACAUUGAAUUUUGGAAAGAGACCAGGAAACACCAGUCAGGGUUUACGUACCAAAGAAAUAGAAAAAUCUCAGUGGAUGAUGGAUUUAAAAGCAGCAUAAAAACAUUUAGCUGCUCUGAUGACAGGACUGAAGCUGAACUCACGACUGAUGAUGGAGGUGAUGGUGAUCAACCUCCAUCAGGUCCAAAGCCUCUAGAAAGUGAGCAGGUCUUUGCGAGAGAUCGAGGAUAUAACACUGAUAUUAAACCUUCCAGCUUGUCUGAGUGUCACCGAAGAUCUGAAGACGGUCUCACUAUGCAGACCCAUGGGAAUUCCCCUGCGGGAGAGAAACAAUUCGGAUGUUUAUUUUGCGGAAAAGCACCUGCAACGGUGGGAUAUCUGUCAAGACACAUACCUGUUCAUAUAAGAGAGAAAACGCUCAGCUGUGUAGUUCGUCAAGAGAGAUUCUCUCCGGAGCGUGAUCUUGUUGAUCACAAGUGCACCGGCGAGCCCUCACAGUUCUGCGAUGAUGCUGGGUUGACCGACGGAUACCAGAGCACCAUGGGGUUUAAUCUAGAGAACCAGCUGCAGGUUCCAAUAAGACUCCACACGGGACUGAAGCCAUUUGGUUGCUCUGUUUGUGGUAGAACGUUCGCAGAGCAUGACAGCUUGCGUUCUCACGUGAUGUGUCACUCGGCGGAGAAACCUUUCCGCUGCUCCGUGUGCAACACAGGAUGCAGUGACAGCGAGGAUUUGGUACAGCACAUGAGGAGCCACGCGAGACAAACACAGUUUAGUUGCACCGUUUGUGGAAAAGAAUUUGCAUGGAGGAGACAUCUGGAAAAACAUCUGGAAGUUCACUCGAGGGACAAAGUCUACAGCUGCAGAUAUUGUAAAGAAAGAUUCAGUUGGCAUUAUCAGCUGAAAUAUCACCAGUGCGUUGGCCAUCGGGCCUCACAGCUUCACCAGAGACAAAUUGGGGAGCACAGAGAGGCAGAACCUCCAGAAGGUGACAGAGAGGACUCUGAAGGACCACAACCAGACCAGCACUCCGACAUAGAUAAUCAUCCAGAACCAUAUGCUGGAGAAUCCUCUGAACCGGAGACUGAAGACAGUGCCGACAGUCAUUUCUGGGAAGAGAGCUGUGGACGUCUGUCGGGUUUCAAUUCUCUGAAAAAGGAUGUCCCUCAGGGCAAUGGUACGUUUAUCAACCACUACAGAAAAAGUCCCAGGGGAGGAGAUCCAUCUACUGAGGGAGGAAGUCCCGACUGGCACAAGGACCCAGAGCCCCCCCACACUAAAGAGGAACAGGAGGACCUCUGGACCAGUCAGGAGGCAGAGCAGCUUCAAGGGCUGGAAGAGGCUGACAUAAAGAUCUCAUUUACUGUGAAGAGUGAAGGUGAUGAAGAAGAAGCUCAGUCCUCACAGCUUAAUCAGAGACAAACUCAACAGAUGGAGACAGAAGGUGAUGGAGAGGACUGUGGAGGACCAGAACCUGACAGGAACUCCCAUCCAGAACCAGCUACUGAUGAUAGUGUUGAUAGUGAUUUUUGGAAGGAGACCAGAGAACCUCAGUCGGGCUUAUACUCUCUGAAACGUACUGAAAUCUCUGACACAAUUCUGGGAUGUCACACUCUCAGCAAAGAUGUCGGAGCACCAGAGAGAGACCACAGUGUUGACAGUGAUUUCUGGAAAGACAACCGGAUGUCGGCCCUCAACUCCCUGAACAGUUCUAGAGUUCUAGAAAGUGAAACCAGGUUCACUGUCACAAAACCCUACACUUGCUCUGAGUGUGGGAAAAGAUUCCACCACAACUACAACCUGAGGAACCACAUGAUGCACCACACGGGAGAAAAGGCCUUCUUUUGCUCCAUGUGCGGCUUAAAGUGUCUCUACAAGUCCCACCUAGAGAUCCACAUGAGGACGCACACCAGGGAGAAACCAUUCCCUUGUUCUGUGUGCGGGAAGAGGUAUGCGCACAAGGCCAGCAUGCAGUCCCACAUGGCCGUUCACACCGUGGAGAAGCAGUAUGUCUGCGGCGCCUGCGGCCGAGGCUUCGCCUGGUACACAGAGCUGAAGUACCACCAGUGUGCCGGCGAGUCGCCGCCAGGGAGCGCCGGUCAGGAGCACAUCGAGUGACCAGGCUUAGUUUUUACAAUGCCAGAAAAAAUCAGUUGGCAGUAAAGGAUCUGAUGAAGAAGCGACAGAUCCUUCGAGGAACUGGUUGAAAUGUUUUUUUUUGAUUUAGAGACUAUUCUGUCAAUAAUCUUUCAAUCAAAUCACUCAUUGAUUUCACUAAUUGACACUGCUGGUUUUUGCGGUUUAUUUAAAAGAAAAGGAUUUAGGUUGAGAAAGUUGAACCUAAAUUACCAUAUCACUGUAAUGUGUGACCAUUUCUUUAGAUGACAAUAAACUCAACUUUUGAACUCUGGUGGCGAACUUCCUGUGAGUCUUGGACCAUCGUCCCACCCCAUUGGUUAGAUGGUCUUUGAAUAACCACACUGUAAAAAAAAAUCACCGUAAUACUACAGGAAUAAUCUAUAAAAUAACCCAGUACGGGCAGAACAUGCAGACUCCACACAGGAAGGCCACUGGGUGGAGAUGAACCCAGGACCUUCUUGCUGUGACAGUGCUGAUCACCACACCACCGUGCGGUCCUCGUGUUAUUUUACCUUAAUUUUUGUUUGGCAGCCGCCCAUUCUGAACUGAAUAAAAGGUUCACCGCAGCAGGAACAGGUUUUAGAAGCUGCCGAAUGUUUAAUAGUGAUGGAGCCCUUCCGACGAACUGCCUACUCCGCCAUUCUCUAAACGUCCCCAUCCCCUGCUUUAUGGUCUAUUGGAGACCUGUCAAUCAGUGUGUAGCCCCGCCCUUUGACCCGAAGCUUUUUGAGAACCUGAUAAUAAAGAUGAAAGUUAAAAACAAGUUCAAAUGAAGAUGGUAUUUUUGCAAGGAAAUACACACUCCUGAGGUGGUUGCUAUGGAGACGUAAGAGCACUCUGAUAAGCUGAUCCUCAACUGUCAUAUGAGAUUUCUUACUACACAUCGUGUAGUUUUAUUCAUGGUUGAUUUUAUAUAUAUAUAAAUUAGGGCCGGGACUUUAGCGCGUUAAUUACGAUUAAUUAAUUACAAUGUGAAUUAAGAUUAAUUAAUUACAAAAAAAAUAACACAUUAAACAUUUUUUACGCAUUUUUACACUUUUUUUUGCACCGCGGAACGUUUCUCACUGGAUGAGUUUCGGGGGGACCGAUUAUACUGGAGCACCAACUAGCGUCCAUGACUUCAGACAACAACAAACCACAGUGAACAUGAACGAAGAAGCUGACGAGACCGUGUCGGGUGGCCCCGUGAAUGGGAAAUCUUCUUAUAAUAAACACACGGAUGGAAGCGUCGAUAAGAGCGUGGUUGUGUGCAAGCUGUGCAACAAGGAAUUCACAUCGAGCCUCAAGUAUCACCUCAACGCAACACAAUUAGCAGCUAGCGUGGACGUACAAGGACCCACACCCAACCCACACUGCACCAGAUGACUGGUUUAAGGACCAGGGUAACUAAGUCCACGUCUGAAAAAAUAACCAAUGUUCUGAAUGUACUUGAAAGUAUUGGUCUACUUAAAAAAAACCUAGUUUACAGAAGGUCUACUUACCUAUAGGCUACCUGAAUAUCUGAAAAUACUAUAUUUCUAAAUAUGCUAUUUCUACACUGGAAUUGGUUCAACAAAAAUAAAAAUCCAUGUGAAAAAAAUUACUUCUCACUGUUCUCAGGUCAAAUAUGUAUGCAAUUAAAAUGCGAUUAAUUUCGAUUAAUUAAUUACAAAGCCUCUAAUUAGAUUCAUAUUUUUAAUCGAGUCCCGGCCCUAAUAUAAAUAUAUACAGCUUUAUAUAGUAUAAUACAACAUUACUUUUGUCAGGGUAUCUGAUGUGAGAAAGUAAAUCUAGCAGCAGUUUCUGACAAUGUUCACAUGAGAGCCACACACACACACACACACACACACACACACACACACCCGGUGUGACCGCUGCAGACUCUCACAUCGUCCCAAGAUGCGUUCAGGAACACUAAACGUCCCAGCUGACACAGUAAAAUAUAGAAAUCAUGAGAACACCACAAAUUUCCCGUGCCCUUGAGCGAGGCAGCGACCCCCUGGAGGACGCCACAGACCAGCUGGGAGAUGCAUGAUGGGAAAGAGUUUGUUUAAAUCUAGUUUGAGAUUCAAAGAUCAAACCUGAGGCCAUGAGUUCAGGGCAGGACCUUCAUUAGUACGAUUGUAGCUGAAGCUGAUUUAAGAAUCCAUUUCUUCUCCAUAUUCUUAAAUUGUCUUAAUAAUAAUAAAGAUAUGAAAUAGUCUUUUUGUCUGCAUUAUCUUCUUCUUGUCUCCAUUGUUUGAGGCGGACAGGAAGUGCUCCGUCAGCCUCCAGAUGGUCCUGUGUGCUUUUCACAGGACACACAAACAGAGAUCAUGUGUGUGCGUGUCUGUGGUUUUUAGCGACUGAAUCUGCAGGAUUUUAAACUGAUGAUCGUCUUUAAUCUUCAUCAUUUAUCUGAUUAACUCUUUUCUGUUGAACACCGUUUCCCACGAUGCAUUGCAUGGCUGCAUUGAACCCUGUAGUCUUUUAAGAAGCACCUUAAUCCUCAUGAGUCACUCACUUCCUUCUCUCAUGCUUCUCCCUCCCUGAUAGAAUAAAUACUGUUAAUCUGCUUCCAAUGUUAUUGUGCAACAGGCAUUUUCCUCAUUUUUGUUUCUUCUGAUGAAGCUAGGCUUCCAGUGUUUGUGCUAAGCUAAGCUAGUUAGUGCCUGUUUUCCUACAUCUGCUGCUCUUAUUUUAAUAUCCAGAGAGGAGACAGACGGUUCAGGCUGUAAUCCGGUGUCAAAGAUGGAUUAGAUCAGAUUAAAGAUCCAGAGGUUUGUUCACUCCCUGCUGAACGUCUGGAUCCAAACAGACUUCAGAUCUGCUCUGGACGAAGGCGUGUGGGAGUUUUGGCUUCGGGUCAAGACGAUUACACUGAACAGGACUGUAAUCAUCACAGAUUUGGAUUUUUUUCUCUCUGUCAGCAGUGAUUUUCAGAUUAAAGGUUUUAGUUUGUGGUGGGAGGACGAUAUUAAAACAUCUGCUCUCACAUGAAACCAGAAGAUGUGACUCCAGUUCAGCUUUGUCUGUUGGGACGUUUAUUGCUGCAGGAUUGUGUGAACGGAAAAGGGAAAAGGUAUCGAGUUAAAGACAAUACGGGCCGAUGACGACCGACUUCCUCCCCUCACACCACACGUCCUGCUGCUGUGUGCCACUGACAGGCGGCAUGCUGGGACCUCAUUCACAAUGCUAAUGCUAUUCACGGGGAUGCUAAUGCCCGGUGAGGGGAAGUCCAGCUGAGAGGGGGCAGGGAGGCUUUCUAAAGUAGAUCCUACAAGCACCACGUUUUGUCUUAUCGGCGUAUUAUCAGCGAUUAAAAGUACUGGAAAAUACUAUAUACAUCAUAUACAUUUGUUUUUAUCUUUUACAUGGGUUCAUCCGACCUGAAGCAGUUUAGUAUUAACGCUACCUGAAUGUUCAUGAAUGUCAGAGGUGACACACUGGACUUUACCUGUAGAUUACAGUAUAUACUUAAAAUUACACAUUAUAUUACAAUAUUCAACCCUAUGUAAUAUAGUUCAUGGGAUAUUUCCAAUAAGCUGAACCUAGUGUUGGGAUCCAUCAAAGAGAACUGGUCAUAACCGGCUCGUCCAAGGCGGUAAUUAUUCUGCCGUAUUAUCCUGUUUUACCCUUUAAGACCCACCACAGCAAGUGUUUACUGUACAUGGUCCUAUCAGCACGCCGUCAUUUCCCACGUUGGCACAGGCUAAAAAAAAUAACACAUUCAUACACAGACCCUACAUCUCACACUAGAGUGUCGUCCUACUGGGUCUCUCUCUACGUCUACAUAUUUGGCCCCUGCUGACAUCACUGAUGACAUCACUGCAAGGUGCGUUUCCCUGACAUGCCAAAAGGAGAACAAACAAUAAGUGUUUUCCUUCCAGCAGGAACCAAAGAGGCUCUGACUUCUCCCUGUGAAGACAAUGACAGACCUCAGCAGGGGAGGCUAAAACAAGGGUUCGAUUUUCUCCAAGACAUCAUUUUCAGAUCAGAUUACAAAGAAAACAAAUGUUUUAUUGUCGAUCUUUAACCUGUGAUUUGUCUGCUCGGUUUUGAUUGGUCAGGUGAGAAUGUUAGUUCCAACGGUCAGAGACUUUCAAUGUAGUGACCAU